AAGCACAGUCUUAAUCAAAUGGAGAGUGGCCUAAAGUCCUCCAACACAACACCCAAACAAGGCUAUGAAGUUGUAUGAAAAAGUUAAACUUUGAAAUAGGCUUAAGUCCGUUUGUAAAUGUAACAUUUAAACGAAAUCCCAAUCCCUUUCAUAAAUGGGCAUAUAGUCUACAACCGAUGACUAUAUUCCUUUUUGAUUAGGCCCUACCCAUCACUUUCUAGGCUUUAUGAACAGUUGAGAUAUUGUUGUAAAUGAGAGUUUUUCAUAUUUAUCAUAUUCUUGUGUUUGCAGUGAAAGAGGAAGGAGACCGAGAGAUCUCGAGCAGUAGGGACAGUCCGCAUCAUGUUCGGAUGAAGAAACCCAGGAAGGCGCGAACAGCCUUCACUGACCACCAGCUGGCCCAGCUCGAGCGCAGCUUCGAACGGCAGAAGUACCUGAGCGUGCAAGACAGGAUGGAGCUGGCCGCUUCCCUCAACCUCACAGACACACAAGUCAAAACCUGGUACCAGAACAGGAGAACCAAAUGGAAGAGGCAGACGGCGGUUGGACUGGAACUGUUAGCGGAGGCUGGAAAUUACUCUGCCCUUCAGAGAAUGUUUCCGUC